CGCAAGUCUUGGUAGUAAAUACGAUGCGCUUGUUUACAUCAACAAAAGAUCGUGUUUUCAUAAAAAUCAUCACAUUAAAACGUAUUAAAUUAUAAAUACCAUGUGAAGUGACUUUCAAAAUGUAUUCGAUCAGGAAGUCAAUGAAAGAAAAUUCAUCUACGCCCAAGCGGCGUCGUCUCGGCAUGUCAAAGAUUUUACGGUCGCCAGAAUUCUUAAAUAAAAAGAAUGCAGAUGUCUUUUCGGUAUGUAGUCCGAUUAAUGUACGGCUACUGAAGCAAACAGAGCGUUGUGAGUCUCCCCCGCUUCCUUGCAACCAAAUAGAAUAUUUGUGUGACUCCGGUAACAACAGCUCAACAUGUAGUGAAAUACCACGCUCGCCCGGCGUUUUGAACAGCUCCGUAGUGAGGGAUAUUGAGAAUUGGGAUUCUUUAUUAGUAACAAAAGUUUCGACACCGCACAAUUUGGCGGAAAUUGAAGAUAUUUCAGAUGACAUGUUCUAUUCAAGAUUAGAGCAAUCAUGUAACAACGAAAUCCUGACAUCGCGAUGCGAGCAGCAUUUUCGCGAGAAUAUCGAAGAAAGUUUCGCAGCUGUUAAUGAUUCUAUUUAUCAGAAAGUUCAAGAUCAAAAGGCUACAGAUAGUUUAUUUGAAACAAAAGAUUCCUUUUUGCUGGAUAUCAAAGAAACUUGUAUAAUAAAUGAAAAUGGACAAGUUAAAGGGACAAUGUCUGACAAUGUAGAAAAUUUCUAUGGCUUACCAGUUAAAACAAAGAGUUUUUUCAAAAAUUACAGGAACAUAGAGAAAUUUUAUGAUUGGCAAGAAGAGUGUCUUAACUUGGAUGCAAUCAGAGAGAGGCGUAACUUGAUUUACGCCUUACCAACAAGUGGGGGCAAGACACUGGUGGCCGAGGUUCUGAUGCUGCGCGAGGUGCUCAACAAUAAGAAUAAUGUGCUGUUCAUCCUGCCGUUUGUUGCUAUUGUGCAGGAGAAGAUCUGGGCACUCUCUCCAUUUGCCGUCAACCUAGAUUUCCUCGUAGAAGAAUACGCCGCAGGCAAAGGCCACAUUCCUCCGAAGAAGCGCAGAAGCAAGCACAGCAUCUACAUAGCCACCAUCGAGAAGGGCCUGGCGCUGGUGCGGAGUCUGAUCGAGCUCGGCAGGCUGAGUGAGAUUGGGCUCAUGGUGGUAGACGAACUGCACCUGAUCGGCGAGGCGGGGCGCGGAGCCACACUGGAGACUCUACUGUCCACAGUGCUCUUCGCUAACCAGGGUAUCCAGAUAGUAGGAAUGAGCGCAACCAUAGGCAACCUCCCGGAAGUAGCCCGCUUCCUCCGCGCCGACAUCUUCCAGCGCGACUUCCGGCCGGUCACGUUGAACGAGUACGUCAAGCUGGGAGCCACCCUGUACAAGAUCAGUGCAGGAGGCGAGGUGGAGCCCGCGAGAGAACUCAAUUUCAAUUACACCCCAGCGGCCACCGCCCUCGACCCUGACUGCCUGGGCGGCCUGGUCUCCGAGGUGGUACCCGCCGCCAGCUGCCUCGUCUUCUGCCCCACCAAGCGGAACUGCGAGAACGUGGCCAGUCUACUCUGCAAGCUGCAACGCAAAGAGAUGGCGCUGCACCGCACAGCAGAGCGGCGCUCGCUGGAAGCCGCCCUGCUGUGCGAGGGCGCGGCGCCGGCGCUGGCGCGCUGCGUGCGCGCCGGCGUGGCCGUGCACCACGGCGGCCUGGCCGCCGACGAGAGGACGCUGCUCGAACAAGCUUUCAGGGCGGGCGUGAUAUCUGUGUUGUGCUGCACGUCGACGCUGGCGGCCGGGGUGAACCUGCCGGCGCGGCGCGUGGUGGUGCGUGCGCCGCGCGUGGGGCGGGGGUUCCUCACGCUGGCCGCGCUCCGGCAGAUGUGCGGCCGCGCGGGGCGGGCCGGCGUCACCGACCAGGGCGACAGCAUAAUAAUCUGCAGCUUGGCGGAGUGGCCGGAGCUGCGGGCGGUGCUCCGCGGCGGGCUGCCGCCGGUGGCGAGCGGCCUCGCCGCCGCGAGCUGCGGCCUCGCGGCGAGCUGCGGCCUCGCGCUCAGCGCGCUGGCCCUGCGCCUCGCGGCCACCAGCACCGAGCUCCGCCAACUGUUCAACACCACUUUCAUGUCUACGAGCUCAGAAGUGGACGUAAAUAAAAUAUGCGACGAGUCCAUCCGCUCGCUGAUACAAGCCGGCGCCCUCGACGUCGGCGACCACAAGUCCAGCGACGAGUCGCACACGGCCGCCGGGCAGAGGGUCGUCUACAGCGACAGCAAACUCACUGUUACUCAACUAGGACGGGCGGCUAUCAAAGGUUGCAUGGAGCUCUCAGUAGCCAAGCAGAUGCUGCAAGAUCUAGAAUCAGCAUCUCGUGGCCUGGUGUUAAUGGGGAGCUUGCAUUUGCUCUAUCUAGUCACACCACACGACGCGGCCGGCGUGAGGCCGGACUACAGACAUUACUAUUCGCUGUACUGCAACCUGGACGAGGAGGCCGUGCAGACGGCGAAGGUGCUCGGCAUCACCGAGGUGAACGCCAUCCGGAUGAUGACUGGCAAACCUAUCACGAACGUACCUGAAAAAGUUCUGUGCCGAUUUUACGUGGCCUUGAUGCUGCACGACCUGUGGAAGCAGGUGCCCUUUCACGUUGUCGCAGACAAAUACUGCGUGUCGCGCGGCCUCGUGCAAACUGUCAUGGCGUCCGCCGCAGCACUUGCGUCGAGCGCUACCCGCUUUUGUGAGGAGCUGGAACAUCUGUGGACGUUCAGGGCGUUGUUCAGCGAGCUAUCCCCUCGCCUGGCGCACUGCGCCGCGCCUGAGCUCAGCCAGCUCAUGGAGCUGCCGGCCGUCAAGAAGGCGCGCGCGCUGCAGCUGAUGCGCGCCGGCUUCAAGCGCGUCGAGGACCUAGCCAAGGCGUCGGCCGACGACCUCGCCGCAGCCGUCAACCAUCUCUCCAGGUCCGCCGCCACACACCUCGUCAGCGCUGCCAGAAUGAUGUUGAUCGAGAAAGUGGAAAACUUGCGCGCAGAAGCCGAAGAUGUCAUGGAAGAGUUGAAGGUUUAACAUAAAUUUAUAAU